UUUGGAGGAGUAAAUAUGAAGGACUCGUACUGCAGGCUCACCAGCCAAGGCGCACUGUGCCACAUCGUGUUCCCGGCCGGAGCCAACACUCCAGGCGUUUGGGCAGGGCAGGGUGCUCCCGACGCUCACCUGAGCACACACCGGCCCGCAGCGGCAGGGUCCGGUUCUCCGGGGGGCGCAGGUCCUUCCCUUGGGGCUCCCCCGCCGCGUUCAGGCUCUGUGCCCCGCCAUGGCCCCGGGAGGGCUCGCCGGACCGGCCCCCCCGCCUGCGGGCCGAGGGAAGCGGCUGCAGGCCGGCGGGAGGACGCGGGGCCGGCGCCGCGGGGCGGGGGAGGCAGUGCGAGGCAGUGCGAGGUAGUGCGGAAAGAGUUAAGGGAAGGUGGCGGGGCAGGCUGGCUGUCGGGAGCGAGCAUGUGCAGAUUGAAACCGCAUCCAUACUACGGGCGAGUGUCACUGGCACACUUCGCCUCCCGCCGGCCGCGGGGCACCCAUGGACACCGGAAGGCUGUCUGGUUGCUGUGUUAACUGUUGGUCACACACUCCUGGGCUGAAAACGACUGGCAUCUGAAACCCCUUGGACUUGCUGGAGGCAGCCUAGUCUACCUGUGGAUGUUGUGAAUUAGGAAGUGGCCAAAGAGUGGGAGAGCUCCAGGAUCCCUUCCUGGAAAAGAGUGCUGCUGGGGUGAGUGCAGAAGAAUGGCUGCGGCAGAACCUCUGACCGCUUUCUCACGAUGGUACCUCUACGCCAUCCAUGGCUAUUUCUGUGAGGUGAUGUUCACAGCUGCCUGGGAGUUUGUAGUCAACUUCAACUGGAAGUUCCCCGGUGUUACCAGUGUGUGGGCACUCUUCAUCUAUGGCACCUCCAUCCUUAUUGUGGAGAAGAUGUAUCUGUAUCUCAAAGACAAGUGUAACAUUUUAGUGCGCUGCUUCAUUUACACACUGUGGACAUACCUCUGGGAGUUCACCACUGGCCUCAUCCUACGCCAGUUCAAUGCCUGCCCGUGGGACUAUUCCCAGUUUGAUUUUGACUUCAUGGGCCUGAUCACCCUGGAGUAUGCCAUCCCAUGGUUUUGUGCUUCUUUCAUCAUGGAGCAGCUGGUGAUCAGAAACACCCUGCGCUUACGAUUUGAUGAGACUGCUGAGCCUGGGGCCCCCACUGCGCCUGUUGCCUUGGCCAAUGGCCACGUGAAGACGGAUUGAGCAGCGACUUAGAGCCAUACUUAGCAAUCUGAGAGAGCCCAGAUCUCUACCACUGACAGUCAGCUCUGGCUCUGAGGUACUGCUCCUUGCUGUAUAAGAUUCAUAACCCCAUUUUUCUAAUGGGGAUGUGCAUGGGAUAUACCAGAAAAAAUGGAACCAAUAGAUUUUCUAUGGAUUUUACUCUUUGGGCUCCAAGGACCAAUAUCAGUUACUUGUUAGUUAGGUUGUUUCUGAUUUUAACUUAUUACUGAUGAAAGCAGUCCUUUUGCUUACACUUUAAAGUGGAGAAAGAAGAAAAAAGAAAUGCUACGGUGGAAACGCAUCCUAAAAAACCACACCUAAUCAGUGGAUGGGCAUGGACACGCCAGCUGAGUUAGUGAUUGGCUUACUCCAUUAGGCAAUAUUCAGGUGCUUGCUUGCAACCAAUACCUCCCGUGGGACCUGAGAUGCUGCAGGAACAAGCAAAAUCCAUCUGCUGUUGAGAAGUACCUAAGACUGGCAGUCUGCUGGGGAGGUAGAUGGUGUUCCCCUCACCAGGUCCCAUUGGCCUCUCCCCAGGUUCUUUGUUGCACCAUGAAAUAAUCUGGUGCUGGACAUCUUGCUGAACUUAUAUGGAUAUUGUACUUUUUGAAUUCUCAGUCCUGAUACUUCUGAUACUCAAUAGAAAUAUUUUUUUUCCUUCUUUUUUUUUCCAUUCUUUUUUUUUUUUUUUUCUAAAAAGGCCCUUUUUGCCAAGUGAAUUUUACCAUAAUCUGUGCUAUCUGAAUCUUGGCAAAAGGCACAAGAAAUAGUGCAAGUCUUCCCAUCUCCUUUGUCCCCACAAAGCAGAUCUUGCUGCAGAUUCCAGCUCCCAUCUCAGCCAUGCAAACCUUGUAGAGACUAUAUAGCCCACAAGACUUUUCUGCCUUCCUUUCCAGGGAUUCCUCUGUUUCUGGUGAUGUUGAUGACUUAGUCUGGUUGCAGCCCAUUGUAUUUGAAGGUCAAAACCUCCAUGUGGCUAACCCAGGAUUUGGUCCUCUGGCACUGACUCCCAUGUUCCUUCAGCACUGGCAAACAACAGCAAAAACAUCAAAAACCAAAACACCUGUCUCUGAAAAGCAUGCACUUCUUCAUGCUCUGCCUGAAUGAGGCUUUGAGUUAGGGUGUGAGAGCAGCAGCAGAGAGGUGGAGCAGGAGGGACUGCUGUGGCUUCACUGUAGACCUACCUGCACCAGGGACAGUUUGAAAUGUAACCGAUUGGGAACAUUUAUGGAGAACAAGGACAGCUGUGGUGCAGGGAAUGUGUUUGAUAGUGGCAGCAAUAAGUUUGUAAUUCACUCUGUCAAAUCUUGGCCUUUGAAGUUAGCAAGAAACAGAGAGCUUCCAGCUGACAGAUGUCUCACUCCUGAACAGAUAUAUGGGGAAAGUUUGCGAGAGUUGUCCCAAAAGGCCAGAUUAUUUUUUCUUGUUCUUCCACCACAGUCAGCAGAGCUGUACCAGGGAUACAGCAGAGCUGUACCAGGCCAGAUUAUUUUUUCUUGUUCUUCCACCACAGUCAGGAGAGCUGUACCAGGGAUAAUUUGGCUUGAAAUGCAAAUCUGUUGUAGGAUUCCACUCUUAUUUUGGAAAUAGUUGGGCCAUUUCUGUGUAUGUCCCUUGUCUCUGGCAGGGGGUGCUCAGCUAUGAACCUGCUCUUGCCCUGGUGCAGCCAUUCCUGAGAGGAAAAGCACUGCUGGCCCUGUGAGUAGAAUGGUUUCUUGGUUCUGCUCUUACAGGGCAGUGUUAAUCCUUUUUUGUAUUACACAGAGAGCAAUUAUUUUAUUCCUUCCCUUCCCCUUUUCACAUGGCAUCCAUUGCUGGCAAUGGACACAUGAAAACAGUGGUGGCAAGGAUUUAAUCAAAUCUGCCCUGGAUAUGCAAUGUAUCCCAAAUCACUGAGAAUACUUAGGUGGGUAUUUAGAGUUCCCUUUUUACAGUUCAUUAAAUUAAAAGAGAUCAAACACUGAACAGAUAGUUCUUUUGAUGCUGUGAUGCCAGUGUUAUGAAAUCAGAGGAACAGUAUGUAGUUGAUAAGCCUUGUUGGUCUCAGGAGUAUAAACCCAGGCAAAACAGUCACCUGAAACUGUACAUGGAAGGAAAAAAAAGAGCUUUGUGUGUGGGAUAAUGUAGAUGAGCUCUACUGGAGCAGAACAAGAAUUGCAAGGUGCAGAUGAGAGUUGGGAUCCCACCAUUUUGGCCCUGAUCAUGUCAUGAUCAUCAAAUGCAGUGUCUAAAGCUGGGUUGUCCUCUCACAGCAUAGCUUAAAUGUGGUGUUGUGCUGCCUCCUACACCGCCCCCACAUCAUGUAAAACCCUAAGCUUUAUAGAAAGAACCUUAGGAUCCGUGCUUUCUCCUUAGCUGUUAUAAAACUCUUUGGAAAGGUUAAAAGGAGUUAGCAGUGUGGUGUGGAGGACUGGCUGUCUGCAGAGCUAACCUGGUGUGCAAUAGCAGUUGUGUCUGUUAUUGUCUGUACUUAAGAAGGCCCCAUAUAAACGACACUUUGUGUUUUGCUGAGUGAUGUAAUAUUUAACUGCUCAAAAUAUGGAAGGGUUUCCCAGCAGCAUCUAGUAUCCUAGGGCAUUGUUCUUAUUGCCUGUGUCAUUGAAACAGCCGUUGUAGUCUGCUUUCCACUGGUGUCUGAUGUGUACCACCCAGCUAUUGCAUCUUCAUAGAGUGGUAAUUUAUACCCAGAAGUGCACUUUACUUGCAGCUUGCACACCAGAAACAGAAAAGAACCUGGCAAAUUCUUAAAUAAUUUAAUUGUGUAUAAUACCACAUACUUAAUGCAGCAGGAUUAGCCAGACUUCUCCUUUCUGAGCAACGUGGCUGCUGUCAAAGCUUUGUCUUUUCUGCAAAAUCUCCCUUUUUAAUACAUGUGAUGCUUCUUAUAACAUCUUGCAGAACUGCCCAGAGCACGUUGCCAGGAUCUCAGUGAGAACUUGGGAGCUGGACUGAAGUUGAAGAGACAUUUACAUUAAGAAGAAAAAAAAACGCACAAGGCCUAACAUUUGUUUGUAUGUGUAUCUUCCUCAGUAGAUUAAAGUUGCCUGUUUUGAGUUCACCAGCAAUAAAAAAAAACUUGUGAUUUA